CGUAUACAAUCAAAGGGAGAUGGAAAGAAUGUCAAACAACGUUGGAUUAACUACACCAUUUAAAGUACGAUGGAGGCAGUCGAAGAAGACAGUUUCGUUGUGAAAGCUUAAAACACUUUACUUUACCUUCAAACAUUUUGGAUAUUUUUUUUUUGAAUAUUUCGUUGAAAAAGUAAACAAAAAUGGAAAAGAAACAGAGUGAUACUUUAUCGGAUGAUAGUGACGAGGAAUUAAAUCGUAGAGAGAGUCAGAAUUUUAAAAAGAAAGACAAAGGAUUCAAAUGUGUUAUAUGUUCUAAACACUACAAAACUAUAAGAGCACGGCGACAGCAUAUGCAGAGUCAUAUGAUCAAACGCAAGUGUGAACAAUGCGAUAAAUCGUAUGCGCGCUUAGAAAAACUGCGCAAUCAUCAGAAAAAGGUUCACGGAUUACACCGUCCACAAAGACAAACAUCUGCCUCGUUUUCAUGUACAUUAUGCAAUAAAACGUUCGGGAGAGAAUAUAAUCUCAAUCGACAUAAGGCAAAGGUACAUCAACGAACUCCGAGAAGGUGCACAACUCAGUUUUCGUGUCGACAUUGCGAACGAGAAUUUCAAAAUUAUGAUGAAUUAUUUCAUCAUGUAAGUCAGAACCAUCCUUUAAAUCAACAAGGCGGUCGAAGAGCGACAACCCCCGCUGCAUUAAAUGUUGACGAACCAUACGAUCAGCAAAGUGUAAAGCAACUUGUCGAUGGGUCUGAUGCUAGUAUAGAGAAAGAAGAUAAUGGUGAACGCAAUAAUGACGAUGAAAAAGAAAAUGAUAAUGAGGACAAUGACGUUGAUAUUGAAUCAACAAAAUGAGGAAUCGGCUUUAAGAAAUGGAGUGAUAAACAGAUAUUUGCAACCCAGAGGAAACGAAAGAUACGAUGUGUUGACAUUUUUCGCUAAUAACAGAGACAGAGUCAUGGCCUAUCUACAGUCUCGCGCGCGCGCAUUAGGAGGUAUUAAAUGGAAUUUAUGCGUGCAAGUAGAAAUGCAGCGCGACGAUGGUUCAGACAUUGUAGUGACAGCGCCAUAUUUUAGAAGUCGAACUUAUAGAACAUUGUCGGCGGAUGAUAUAGACGAACACGAUUUAAAUGAGGCGAUGCAGAAAAUGUUUGAGAGUCUGGAAAAAUUCAUUCGUGAAGGCUCGGGGUGGUAUAUCAAAAAAGUGUUGAAACUAGAAAUCCAUACUGUGGUGUACAAACCCGUCAAGGGCUCCGCAUAUAUACCCUUACCGAGAUCGCUGUCAAAGAGUCGAAGUCUAUUAAAUAUUCAAAACCAGGAUGAUAAGUGUUUUCUAUACUGCCUAAUAGCGUCAUUACAUCCGACAGCGAUUGAACCGGAACGCGUGGAACAUUACUAUCAAUACGAAUACGAAGUAAAUAUGUCUGGCAUCAGCUUUCCCGUCACCUUAUCGCAAAUACGGAAAGUGGAACGCCAAAAUGAACAUAUAUCGAUCAAUGUCUUUGCCUAUGAGGACGAGUCAAUCGUUCCAUUAAGAAUCACCGAGCAACGCCAUCGCUUGCACCAUGUCAAUUUAUUGUGGCUGAUGCACGAGGAAAAAUCGCACUAUUGUUUGAUUACCAAUCUAAACCGCUUUCUGUCUCGCACAAAGACGCAUAACAACCAACUAUAUUUUUGCUCUUACUGCCUACACGGAUUUAGCAAGGAAAGGUCACUACAAGAACAUGAGCAGUAUUGUUCAACGCAUGAAGCCCAAAGGGUAGAACUUCCCAUUGCCGGUCAGAACGAUAUUCUUGAAUUUAAAGAUUAUGAAAAGACAUUGACAGUCCCUUUCGUGAUAUACGCCGAUUUUGAAACCAUCAACAGAAAACUACACACUUGCUCACCAAAUCCUGAACAGUCUGCUACCACAGCGACGAGCAAACUCGAGGUCUGCGGUUUCGGUUAUAAAGUUGUGUGCGAAGAUAAACAAUACACCAAACCUUCUGUGAUUUAUAGGGGUGAAGACGCUGGUAAGAAAUUCAUCGAAUCGUUAUUAAAAGAGCAAGAAGAUAUACAAGAGAUUCUUUCCACUAUUGAACCCAUGCAGAUUACUGAAGAACAUAAUGAUCUUAUUGAAAAUGCUACUCAUUGUUGUAUCUGCAAAACACGAUUCACGUCUUACGACAAGACCUACAAUAGGAUAGUGAGACAUCAUAACCAUCUCACUGGGGAGAUCAUUGGACCAGCCUGUAACAGCUGUAAUCUCAGUUGUAAACAAGCAAAGUUUAUCCCCGUCGUAUUUCAUAACCUGAAAAAUUUUGAUGCCCACAUUCUCUGCGAAAAUCUCGGUCUUUUCAAAGACUAUCCAUUGAAAUGUAUCGCUCAAAAUACCGAGCGAUAUGUCAGUUUUUCACUAGAUAGACUGAGAUUUAUAGACAGUUUCCAGUUCCUUCCCGCUUCAUUAGAAAGUUUGGUCGAAAAUCUAGCUCAAGAUGGAUUGCCAGCCUUCACACAUUUGCUGUCUGAAAGCGAAACACAUGCUCACCUACUCCUUCGAAAGGGCGUUUAUCCGUACGAAUACAUGGACUCCUUCGAUAAAUUUGAUGAGUCAGAAUUACCGUCUAAAGAUCAAUUCUAUUCAACAAUCAAAAAAGAACAUAUUUCGAAUGAAGAUUAUGAACACGCGCGCACCGUGUUUCAGACGUUCAACAUGCGUUCGUUAGGAGAGUAUCAUGAUCUGUAUCUGAAAACUGAUGUGGUGUUACUGAGCGAUGUAUUUGAGUCAUUUAGAAAGCUGUGUUUACAACAGUACGAGCUAGAUCCAUGUCAUUUCUACACUUCACCCGGUCUAUCUUGGUCAGCUUGUCUGAAAAUGACAGACGUUAAGUUAGAGUUGCUGACGGACAUCGAUAAAAUAUUGAUGAUAGAGGCCGGCAUUCGCGGAGGUGUGUCUCAGAUAUCAAAUCGCUAUAAAAAGGCAAACAACAAAUAUGUGCGAGAGUACGACCCUUUACAACCUACGACAUUUCUACAGUACCUAGACGCAAACAAUCUCUACGGUUGGGCUAUGGUGCAACCUCUUCCACUACGUGACUUUGUGUUCAUGAACCAGAAAUACAUUGAGGCAUUUGAUGUCAUGUCUAUUCCGGAAGCAGGUGACACGGGUUACAUUCUAGAGGUGUCGUUACAUUACCCUGAAAGUCUUCACGAUAGUCAUAACUGCCUACCUUUAGCCCCCGUGCGAAGAGCUAUUUCGAACGAAGAGCUCUCUCCCGUAUGCGAGACAACUGCUCAGAAAGCUGCACGGAUUAUCUGAGAAGGACCCUCUACCAAACCGCGGUAAAGUGGAGAAAUUGUUGACCACAUUAGAAGACAAAGAUCAUUACGUCUUGCAUUACAGAAACCUACAGUUAUACAUCAGACUAGGCAUGGAACUCAAAGCCGUUCAUAGAAUUCUCAAAUUCAAACAAGAACCGUGGAUGAAGACCUACAUUGAUCAAAACACGGAAAUGCGUAAGAUAGCCACGUCCGCAUUCCAGAAAAAUUUCUACAAACUGAUGAAUGUAUCCGUGUUUGGAAAGACCAUGGAAAACGUGAGACUCCACAAGAAUAUUGAAUUGGUACAUACAGAAGGUAGACUUCAAAAAGUCACUGCCAAACCGGCCUACAAAAAUACUACCAUCUUCAAUGAAGACUUGGUUGCGGUGGAACUGUACAGGACAAAAGUCAGCUUAUGUAAACCUAUUUUUUGUGGCAUGAGUGUAUUAGAUCUGAGCAAAUGUCUGAUGUACGACUUUUGGUACAAUUAUAUCAAAACGAAGUACAACAACGCCUCGACACAACUACAAAUGACGGAUACAGAUAGCCUCCUGUUUUCUUGCGAUACAGACGAUAUAUACGAAGACAUGAACGCUUCAAUGGAGUACUUCGACACCUCUGACUACCCGGAGGGGCAUUUUCUUCAAAGUGAUCUCAAUAAAAAAGUGCUAGGAAAAAUGAAAGACGAAACCAACGGAAGCCCCAUUACUGAAUUUGUGGGACUUAGAUCAAAAAUGUAUAGCUUUCGAUGUAACGAUAAAGAUUUUAAGAGAGCCAAAGGCAUUACUAAGGUAACGGUAAAAAAAGAGUUAAAACAUGACUGUUACAAAAAUACUUUAUUCGAUGAAACUAGCAGGAUCUCGUCCAUGUCCUCUCUUAGAAGUCACAGACAUGCAUUACUCGGUGAAACGAUUCAAAAAACGGGGCUCUCUGCAUUCGAUGAUAAAAGAUUUCUAAAAAACGCAGUAGAAAGUUAUGCUUACGGACAUUACAAAGUCGCUACUGAACCUAAUGCAAAAGAUGCGAUGGAAACGCAGGAGGCAAUGACAUUUACAAUCGUAUCUGAAAAGGAUCUUUCAAAAAGAUACUCGAUUGGUGUUGAACACAGUUUUAACAUUAAUGACUUUAAAAUCACUCCUUGCAGAAAAUUGUGACCUAUAAUGUUUUAUGUAAAAUAUAGUAUAUGUGUAUGCCAUUCUUCAUUUAUACAAAGUGAAAUAAAUAUAUACAACA